AUGUCAUCUGAUAAAGAAGUAGUUUAUCGUCCCAUUCGCAAUGACCUCACUCCUAGCAUAUGGGGAGACCAGUUCCUUGUCUACCAUGACGAGCAAGAAAAUGAAGCUGAGAUGAAAGAAAUCGUCGAAAAUUUGAAACAAGAAGUGAGGAAAGAUAUACUAGCAGCUUUGAAUAAUCUGAAAGAACAUACCAAACUAUUGAUACUUAUUGAUGCAAUCAAACGCCUUGGCAUAUCCUAUUAUUUUGAAAAAGAUAUUGAUAAAGCCUUACAGCAAGUUUACCAAACAUAUGGCGAUGAAUGGACGGGUAAUAAGCCUUUCAUUUGGUUCCGCCUCUUGCGACAACAUGGCUUCUAUGUCUCGUGCGAUUUCUUAAAAAACUAUAUGAAUGAAAAAGGAGAUUUUAUUGAAUCGUUAACUAAUGAUGUUCAAAGCAUGCUCGAGUUGUAUGAAGCAUCUUAUAUGAGUGUGCAAGGAGAAACUUUAUUGGAUGAUGCUCUCGAAUUUACAAGAACUCAUCUUCAAGAAAUAGCAAAUGAUCCACUUAAGAGAAACUCUACUGUUCAUACUCAAAUACAACAAGCACUUAAGAAGCCCGUACAGAAAAGGUUGCCCAGACUAGAAGCAUUGAACUACAUUCCGUAUUACGAACAACAAGAUUCUCAUCACGAAUCGUUACUAAAACUUGCGAAAUUAGGGUUCAACUUGCUUCAAUCUCUGCAUAAGAAGGAGCUUAGCCAAAUUUUAAAGUGGUGGGGACGUUUUGAAGCCACAAAGAAGUUACCUCAUGUAAGAGAUAGAGCGGUUGAGUGUUAUUUUUUGGCAUUGGCUGCAGUAUUUGAACCACAAUAUUCUCGUGCUAGAGUUUUUUUAGCGAAAGUGAUCAUGAUGUCAAUGAUUCUCGAUGACACUUAUGAUGGAUAUGGUACUUACGAAGAGCUUGAGAUCUUUACUGAAGCGAUCCAAAGGUGGUCGAUUUCGUGCUUAGAUGAGCUUCCAGAGUACAUGAAAUUGACAUACCAGGGAUUCAUAGAUUUAUAUAGUGAAAUGGAAGAAACGAUGACAAAUGAAGGAAAGGCAUACCAUAUCAACUAUGCCAAAGAUCUUAUGAAAGAAUUGACUAGAGCCUAUCUCACGGAAGCAAAAUGGGCAAACGAGGGGUAUGUGCCAGCAGUAGAGGAGCAUAUAUCAAUUACAUUCAUCACUACUUGCGUUUACAUGAUGACAGCAACGUUUUUCGUUGGCAUGGACGAUGAUAUAGUGACAGAAGCUUCUUUCAAAUGGAUUAACACAAAACCUACUCUCAUUAAAUCAGUAUGUGCAGUUGCUAGACUCCUGGAUGAUAUUAUCACCCACAAGGAUGAGCAACAAAGAAUGCAUGUUGCAUCGCUUGUUGAAAGUUACAUGAAGCAAUUUAAUCUGACAGAAGAGUACGUUCAUGGUUUGUUGUAUAAACAAGUGGAAGACAAAUGGAAAGAUAUAGCACGUGAGACUCUUGUGUGUAAAGAUAUUCUCCCAAUACCUCUGAUAAACUGUGUGAUUGGCUUCGCCAGAGUAGCUGAAGCUCUAUACACCAAUAAAGAUAAUUCCUCACGUAUGGGCAAAAAAAUGAUAAAUAUUUUCAAAUCUUUGUUUGUUCAUCCUAUGAGCAUCUGA